GUUUGCAGUCUUAUAAAUUUACUUCUUUCCCUGCUCUACUCACAUUCAUUCAAGUUUGGCCAGUUUUUCUUGCUUGUCAAGAGACGUCAAAUUUUCAGAGUUCAUAGUAGUCUUUGAGAGUGCUUCAAGUUUUAUCUGUGUAGUCCAUAGUAGUAUUGAGAGUGCUUCAGUUUGUCAGUUGUUAUUUAAGAAAUCAAUUAUGGCAUCUGCUUUGGUUGAUGUUGUUGUGGAAAAGCUUGUUGGGAUGUUGUUAGAGGAGAUAAACAAGGAGGUUUCACUUGUCUCUAACUUCAGAAAUGACUUUAACUGGCUGAGCAAGAAGCUCACAAAUGUAAGAGGCUACCUCACAGAUGCAGAUGCCCAGAGUGCAAACAAUGCGUCCGUGAAAAGCUGGCUGCUGGAUGUUGCAGAUAUUGCUUGGGAUGCAGAGGACAUACUCGAAGAAUGCGCUGUUCAAUCUCAAGGUACUAGUAAUGAAAGUCCCCAGUCCUCUUGUGUGUGUGCUUUCAGUUAUUCUCAACCAGUGUUUCGCUAUAUAAUGGCACGUCGGAUCAAGGAAGUGAAAGAUAGAAUGAAGUCCGUCAUGGAAGAUGCAGCGGAGCUCAAGCUUGUUGAGUAUCUGACUUAUUCAGAGCAACCCUCCACGAGUACAUCUGGGAAUGUAAAUUGGAGGGGGUCACCAAUAAUAGAGAGUGAUUCAAAACCGGUGGCUAUUGAGCCCAAGGUUGAAGAAGUCCUCCGCUUAAUAGAUGAUUCUGCCACUCCUGUCAUUGCCGUCGUUGGAAUGGGCGGCGUGGGGAAGACGUUUCUAAUGCAAAAUGUUUUCAACAAAAUAAACAAGGAUAAGUUUGAGAUGAAAAUCUGGCUUUCUAUUUCUCAGACUUACUCCCUUAGAAAGUUGCAGGCUGUCAUGGCCUUGCGAAUAAAGUUGCAAGCUGAGGAAGACUUGAAAGAAAAGUUGCGAGCUUUGGAGGACUUAAAAGGAGAGCUGCAAGCUGACAUGGCCUCGCAUAUAAAGUCGCAAGCUGACGAGCUCUCCAAAAUAAUGUCUAAAGCUGAAGUGGUCAUUUGUGGACAGGGAAGUGAGGUUAACGCAGCAAAGUGUUUUCAUGAGUGUUUAACAAGCAUAAGCUCUCUCAUUGUGCUUGAUGAUGUCUGGAGGGCAACUAGGGAAGAUAACUUGAUAUCUGCACUUGGCCUUCCAACUGGAAAUAAUAGCCAAUGCAAAGUUGUGGUCACAACACGAAGCAAACAUGUGUGCACCAACAUGCAUGCCCGUGUUUAUGAGGUGUACCCUUUGUCCGAAGAAGAGAGCUGGGAGCUCUUUUGCGCUUAUGCCUUCCCUGACUGCGACCAAAAUCAGCCGUCACAUGAACUUGAAGGGAUUGCUCGACAAGUCGAAAGGGAGUGUGCGAGAUUGCCCUUGGCUGUUAAAAUAGUGGCAGCAUCUCUGGCUUGUGAGAGAUCGUCAACGGAGUGGGAAUCCAAAUUGGGACAGCUAAAAGCAGUAUCUUAUACCGAGGAUCCAAUCAUGCAGAUUCUCAAGCUAAGUUAUGAUUCUCUCCCUCCUCAUCUUAAACCUUGUUUUGCAUAUCUUUCUUUCUUUCCUGAAGAUGCAAAAAUAGAGUACCGAUACCUCAUAAACCUUUGGGUAGCCGAAGGAUAUGUUCCUCAAGGAGAGGACCAGCUGGAUAUUGGAUGGAGGUAUAUAUGUCAUCUUCAAAGUCUAUGUUUGAUCGAGCGACUGGGUGACAUUUAUGGUCAGGGAGAGAGAAUGUUUAAAGUGCAUGAUUUGUUGCUGGAUUUGGCCAUUAGUAUGUCAAAAGAAAGCCAAUGUGUAUUUAGUGCAGAAGAAGCCUUCCAGAAAGGUCCAAUUGUGCAAGCAAAUAGCAGGUUCCGUAGGAUUUUAAUGGCCAAGAAAAGCAUAGGCGAUGGUGAUGUAAAUGCAAUGGCAAGCAACAGGGCAUAUUCUGCAUCACGUCUUCGCACCUUGUCUUUCUCAAAAAAUGGAGGCAUUCAAAACAUUCCGGAAAUCCUGCUUCGCAGUGCAAAAGUAGUGCGCGUUCUUGACUUGAGUGGCACUGGCAUCUCAUCAUUGCCUGAGUGUGUUGGAAAUUUGAUGCUCCUCAGAGUUUUGAAUUUAAGGGAGACAAAAAUUAGUGAGGUACCAGAAUGUGUGAAAAACAAUAAGAGUCUGCGUUUCCUUGACGUUUCUUGGUGCCAAAAUCUAGAACGGCUACCUGAGUGGAUUGGUGAGCUCAACUGCCUUGAAUAUCUAGAUAUACGCCCAACCCGUGGGAAAAAAUUCGACGGAUCGAUGCCCAAGGGAAUAAGAAAGCUUGUGUCUUUACAAGUGCUGAGAAUAAAUGGCGACAAUGAAUUCUUACAGUUGGAGCAUUUUGUCAAUUUGGUCAACCUCCGUCAAGUCCGGAUAGAUGUUCGUCACGAGGCUGAAUUGAAAAGUAUAGAAGAUGGGAUCCUUGCCACGUUGGUGAAGAUGCGUACUUUGGGAAUAAUCAACGAUGUAGAAGGUCAUGCUGAUGAAGGUCAUCUUCCACCUCUAUCAGAUAAAAUGUUAGCUAUGAAGGAUCUCGAAUACCUUUACCUAGCUAGCUUUGCAGUGCCAAAUUGGAUAUGUGGCUUGUCAAAUCUGAAGCAACUGGAAUUAUGGAAUUGUCAUUGUGUUGAAUAUCCAGCACUAGAAAUGAUGCCCAACUUAAUAACGUUGGAUUUGAAUAGUGAUGAUAUUUGCAAGGCAUUGCCAAAAGGGUUCGGUAAGCCUGGGGGAUUCCGUCAGCUGCGUUAUUUUAAAAUUUUUAGUUUUUCAGUGUUAGAGGAGUUUCCAGAAUUAGAAGAUGGAACGAUGCCAUGUCUUCAGAUACUAGAAUUAUAUUGCUGUCCCAGAUUGAAGAAAGUUCCACGUGGAUUGGAGCUCCUGAGAAGGCUAAAUGAGUGUGUCUUUGUUGAGACGGGAGUUAGAGAUAUGUUUGAGGAGGGUGGAGAAUUAUGGAAUAAAAUAAAGAGCAAUAACCCCAAUGUUAGAAUGAAGUAGGGAUAUUGAAACGCAGAAUUGCAGUGUUCCCAUUCAUAUGUCAUUAUAUGAUAUGCAUGAUUUAUAUCAAAAGAAAAGUAUUUGUAAAAUAAAGUAAAUAUGUACGAAGAGGUGUAGAAAAGCUUAGGAUAAACGAAGGUAAAUCUGUUUGGAAUAGCAUAUUAAAAUGGUUUGAAAA